CCCCCGCCUUUUAACAUUGAGUAAACCGGCCCUGGUAUCUACUUGUUGGCAGACAGGAGGGAACAGCGGUGGGUUGUGGGUCGUAACCCGAAUGUCAAAUAGUACGAUAUAUUAAUUGUGAACAGCGAAUAUGAUCAUCGGGAAGCUUCCUUUAAUGAAUCAGUAGUGAAUGUCGUGUUUGUGUUUCGUCGUGAAUGUUCGAUGCUAAUAAUGGAAACUGAAACGCCAUUCAAAGAGGGAUAUUUACUCUUCCCUCCUCAUGGAGUUUUGGGACAUUUGAAGAAAUCUUGGCAUAAAAGAUAUUGUCAAUUGUUCAAGUCCAGUAAACAUGGCAUUGAGCGAUUGGAAGUCUUUGAUAGUGAAGAUGAUCUUUGGAAAACCUCUACAGUUCGAAUCAUCACCCUUGAGAAUUGUAUUAAAAUCACACAAGAUGUUCAUAAACAUCCUAAUGUUUUUACUAUAAUUACCAAGACCAGCAUUCACCAUUUUGGAACUCAAACUGAGAAAGAAUUGACUGACUGGAUUACAGCAUUCCAAUCCAUAGCUUUUAAAGAUAAUAUCUCCAAGCAUACAAUUGAAGAAGACAAUGAACUGUACUGCUCUUCUGCUGAUGGAGUCUUCACUGUGAAACUUGUUCCAUCAGAGGCUUCCAUACGAUGUAAUCUAGAACCUGUGAACUAUGUGCUGAUUAUAGCAUCUUCAUCUAUACAGUUAAGAAGCUGUAAUGACCAUAGACUGUUAUGCACAUGGCCAUUUCGUUACAUUCGGCGUUACGGUUACAGAGAGGGCAAAUUUACUUUUGAGGCUGGACGCAAGUGUGAUACUGGAGAAGGGACUUUUCAUCUUGAACAUUCUAAUCAGCAGGACAUAUUUCGUUGUAUGUCCACUAAGAUGAAACAUAUGCGUAAACUAUUGAGUGGAGAAACAGCCCAGUCACCCGUUAUUGUGUGUGGAGAUAAUCAAUUUCAAGCUGCACUUAGCAUGGAGGCAAGGUCUCGAAGCCCACUCCCUCCUUCCCCAACAAGUGCCACAUCAUAUGGAGAUUUAACCAGUGUGUCUCUGUCACAAUCGAGCAAACUUUCUGCAGCUGACUCGUCUGUUAUCAGUGCUCCUGUUCCUCCUAAGCCAAAGCCUGUGAAGCCACCUCGAAAAUCACUUAUUUUGGCUCAAAGUGGGAAGAGUGAAGAUUCUUUAAUUGAUGGUUGUGGAUUUGGAAAAAUGAAAAUGGUUCCUUCUAGUGAAAAUUGUGUUCUCCCAUUAUCAAAUGCUUCAGUUUUGACAUGCAAUUCUUCCAUAUUUCCUAGCAGUUCGUAUUCAGUUUUAGAAGGUAAUAAUAGUGGUUUUGAUGGAUAUGAUAAAGUUGAGGUGAGAAGGGAAGCCUGGCGUACAAUGGGAGUUGUUGAUGUCAGUCAUUCAGAGAAACCCUACCUGGAAAGUGAUAUAGAAGAGGAUGGAUUGGAAUCCAUUUUGAAGCAUAGUGGAGGUCAUUCCCAUAAUGAUGAUUCAUUUCUCAAGAAUCAGGGGUCAAAAAUUCUUCUUCCUCAGAUGUCACAUAAAUCUGAUGCUUCAGAAAAUUAUGAUACUCUUCAACAUUUUGGAUCUACGUCUCGACUGAACACUAACCCAGGAUACAGACACAUUCCUAGCAUAUUUCCAGUUACAAGUGGUAGUACUGAAGUUUUAUCACAACCACCUUCUACACAAAGCGAUUACGAAGAUGUAGUAAAUAGCAUGCAAGCCUGUCGCAUGGCAGAUGAUUCCCAUUAUGGUUAUGGAAUGAUAAGAAAAAAAUCAAAUCCAAAUGAAAAUGACAACGAAAGUGUGGGACCUAAUCAUAAAGUGUAUAAUGAGCUUGAGUAUGCAAUUGUUCAAAAGCAAAAAAAGGUUUAAGUCAAACCUGCAUUCCUCUGUGAUACUUCUAAUUGAACGUUACUCUUGUGCUUAAUGUAAAAGUUCCUUUUCUAUAUUUAGCAUUCUGUUUUGGCAGGUCAUUUUAAUACUGACUGAUCAGCAAUUGUUUAUCAAUUUAAAAUACAAUAUAUCUUAUGUAAUUUAACCUUUGUAGACUCGGAGUUAUAGAGCAUACUUUUGUCUGUAAGUGUAAAUCAAAAUUGUGUGUGAAGUUGAUAAUUUUGGUUUUGAAAAACGAUUGGUGGAAAAUAUUAAGAAAUACUGGAUGACAAGAUUUGCAUCACAACUCGAGUCACUUUACAUUUCAUUUUAAUUUUUAAUCAAUCUUUUAGGGAUGAUUGAAAGUUGUGGCUUAAUUGCAUUAAUUUGUAGUGUUUCCAUGUGAUAAGUCACUUGCAAAUACUUUCCUAGUGAAGUAACAAUCCAGUUAAUAAGACCAACUCCUACAAGGUUUGUUCUAAAAUAGUACUGUGCUAGAAUUACAUUAUCAAGGAUGUCCACUUUACGGAAAACCAGGGAAAGUUGGGAAAGUUCUUUGGUCUGAAAAAGUUUGUGAAAGAAUCAGAGAAUUUGAAGAAAGAAAAAAAGAAACUUAAAAAGUCUGGAAAAUUUUUGAGGCAAUUCUAAUUUUAGAUUUUAUUCCUUAAAAAAUUAAUACACUGGCCUUGCUUUUGUAAUGUGUAAGCAGUAGUAUGAAAUAUGGAACAAGGGGGGGGGGGGGAGUUUUGGAACGGUCGGAAAUGAAUUUCAGGAAAAGAGAGGCUACCCUGAUUAUUCAUCGUUAUUUGUCAUGUAUAGGAGACUAAUAUGUGCCAAAAUGACAACUGGCUCUCUUUAAACAGUUUCUUCAUAAUAGGUACCUGCCAAUGAUAAUAGUAUAAUAAUUACAUAUGAAUUUUUAAUAGUAAUUUAAGAAACAUUUGUCAAUUCUUAUCUAAAACAAAUUAUUAACUUUUCUUGUGGGAUGUUCAUGGUCUGAAAUAAUUAUUUCAUGAUUUGACAUUUUAAAAAUGUUGUGUAAAUUUUAUGGAAAUUAAGGAAACUAUUGUGAUGUAAUUUAAUUUGAAAGGUGUGUUUUUCUUGUGUGGGUAUGUUAGAUUGCCCAUUUCUGGUAUUGGAGGAUCUUGAAUAUUCUUUCAGUUCAGGAAAAAAGGUUUAAUCUAACAGUAUUUCAGUUUUCUGAAAUUAAGCUGUUUUUUUGUAAAUGAUAGAAUGUUUGUUUUGUAUUUGUGUAGUGAAUUUCUGAUUUUUAAGAAUUUUUAGUUUGUAAAUUUAUUGUAUACGUUGCUCUGAUAGUUCGGAACUUAAAAGAUAUUUUCAUUGCUCUGUUCUAAACAAGUUUCAGUUGUUUUAUUUUUAAAAAAAAAAGCGCUAUGAGAGAAGGGCUAAGCAGGAAGUAUUUGUGAUGUCAGAAUAUUAGGCUUUUUCUUCUAUGUUGACCUUCACUAACUGAAUCUGUAACUGAAAGUUAAAGUAAGAGAAGACGGAUAUUCUUUGUUGCUACUCUCCAAAGUCCACUUAUUCAUUUAGACUGGUGGAAUAACACUUUUGUGUAUCAUUUGAUGGAUCUGUUCAUUGGAUCUCCACAAGCCGUUGUUCCUUGUAAUGAUGUGUAUAUACAUAUAUAUAAUCUCAUUAAAAUGAGAGUAAGAUAUUUAAAAGUAUUAUACUUAUAUUAUGCUUUAGAGAAUUUCAUUUAUUCUUAAUCAGUAAUUGUAUGUUUUAGUUUAGGUCCUGUAAAUGAGAUACUCGUCAGGGAAAUCAAAAUGUGCUCCAUUCUAUUGUUAUUUUAUCAAAAGUAGACUCUGAUAGAUAAGAUAAAAUUCAACAUUCCAAAUGGGGUAGAUGUUGCAUUAUAUAAAAAACAUAAGAAUAAAAUUCAUAGAUAAUAAUGCCCAAAAUAAAAGCCAGUUUUAAUCUGCCAUUUAUUCUCAUCUAAAUAUCUGUUCCAUUAAUUUUAAUAUUUUGAGAAGUUGAAUUUUUCUGAUUGGAGCGUUCGAAUGAUUUUAGUGUACAUUUCAACCAACCACUUUUAAAGUGUAAAUUAGUAGUAAGCUUGAGAAAGACAGUCAUCGGACAUUGUGUCCGCUCUUUACUCCAAAAAAGAAUACUGAUGAUUGAUUCUAUUUUCAUGUCAGGUAAAAGUUACAUGAAUUUUGUGAUAGAUUCCUGGCAAAAUAUGGCUGCAUAUGUUGAUCAAAUAGUGUUACUCAGAGGGGAUGAAAGAGUCAAAAAAGAGAUGUCUGAUAGUUACCGUUGAACGAUAAGGUUAAUAUUAAAUUUACCCCCUUCUACAAAUAAGUAUUUUAUUUGUAUGUUACCAGUAACAUGUGAUUUUCAUUAUGCUUUGUUUUCCAGGAAUAUUUAAUUUUACUGGAUAUAACAAUUCUUUUUAUGUAGUUUAUGAUAAAUGUUUUAAAAUUUCUGGUGCUAUGUUGCCUAUGGACCAAAGAUAUUGAUCAUUUAACCAUUAGUGACAACCAUAGGGAUUGAGGAAUGUGUUCCACAAUACUAUUUUUGGUGCCUCAGUGCUGUAGUGAAAUUCCAGGUUUUCAUACACGUUGGAAGCCAAUGAAUAAUGUGCCACAAAAUAUUAAUAUAGGAGUAAUUGAAUACUUUUAUAUUUGUAUUGAAUCUUUUUGAACUUUUAUAAGAUCUUUUUACUAAUUUUUAAAUAUAUUCAAGUACUUAGACUGGUGAUUUUCAAAAUGCUGUUUCUUGUUACACGAUUUUGAAAAUGUGUAGAUAAAAUUGAAUAUAUAAUUAUUCUCAAAACUAUGAAUAUGCUCAAUUUUUAAAGUAAAAUAUUGAUAUGUCAUAAAUAAUGCAGCACGCAAAGAAAUUAGUUAUAUCUGUAUAAGAAUAAAUUUAAAACAACUAUUGUAUUUGAUGAUCAAUUACCUUACUAGAGUAAAUUGAGAUGAGACUAGAGCCUUUUUAUAAAGUUGUUUGUUGAGAGUUGUUUCGUAGUGGUUACGUCAAUAGAAUGCUUAGGUGUGAAUUCACACCAAACAGGUUUCAGUUGUGAGUUUAAAAGAUAAAAUGGGAGUUUAGAGAAAUUAUUGGAAGAGAGAUUCCUAUUUUUAUUAUCUUUCUUUUCUAUGAUAAAGAAUUUUAAUAAUUUUACAGUUGAUAGAUUUCUUGAUAUGCUUGUUUUUAUUUUAAAUUUUUUAGUUAUUGUAGUCAUGAAAAUUAUUUCCCCAAGUGUGUCAAAAAUCUUUAAAACAUAGUCUAUAAUUUAUAUGCAUUGCAUGUUCUUAAGCUGUAUGUUGCAUGCAGUAGUGUAUACUCUAAUAAUUUUGUUAAUGCCAUAUUGCUCAAUAAUUUGAUGAAAACUCCUUUUUUUUAAAAAAAAAAAAAAAUAAUUUCUCAAAAAUUGAAAAAAAAGUUAUUGUGGUAUUGUUAUGUUUGAAUCAGAACUUUUAUAAAAGAGCUACUCAAUUAAAGAAAGAAAAGAAAAAAAGUAUAAAUACAUUUUUUUCUUGAUCCAAAAUUUCUGUUGAGGAAAUCAGUAAUAGUGCAAUCAACUUGAGUUAUUGUACAUGACUAAAUCUAUAGCUCAUCUGAAAAAGGAUUUAAUUUUCUAAAAAAAAUUGUUUCUAUUGAAAUACAUUGAACUUUUUUAACUCUCACACUCAAUUUACUCUUGUGAUGUCUUGUUUUUAUGAUUGUAGCAACUUAUAUGUUGUUGCUUUGCAUAAUGUAUGAAAAUCACCAAUUUUGACUGAUUAGAAGUUAUCAAAUGGCCAUGAAGUACUGAAAAGAUAUUUUGAUUGAAAUGCCAUGCCAUUUACAAGUGAUAAGUUUAAAUGUUGAAGUUGGUGUGUGUAUUUUUAUAAUGUUAUUUCCAUACAUUGCAAUAAAGAUGUAUUUGAGAUAUUUUUAAACAAA